AUGGCUCGAACAAAGGAAAUAAAAACUAUAUGUGGAAAAUGGAAGGAUGGGGAAUUUAGAAGACGCCUUGGGCCUACUAUGUUUAUUCUUAUAGGAUAUAUAGGAAUGGGCUUCAUUCAGGCACAGAGAGGUUCAGCAUUCCUAGAUAUACAACUACUGACAGGAUCAACUCUGGAGAAAGCGUCCUAUUUUUUUACGGCAGGCGCAAUGGGCGGUGUGGUUGGAGCGGUGAUAUUUGGAGGGCUGUACGAUAAGUUUAACAAGAAUCUGAUCCUGUUUAUUGUUCUAUUAGGACUGUCAGUAACCGUAUCUGUUAUACCAUACUGCACUGUCUACGCCGCUAUGGUAGUGGCAUGGUUCUGUAAUACUAUUUGUCUUGGUGGCUGGGAUGCAACUGCCAGUGCAGAAGUAGUCCGGAUAUGGAAUUUGGAGAGCCAGACGUAUCUGUUCCUUGUCAAUUCGGGAUAUUCAGUCGGUGCUAUUAUGGGUCCGCUUGCUACGGAACCAUUCUUAGUUCCCAAAGUUAUGAUAACAAAUACUACAGUUCCCGCCAAUAGUAUUAACAAGCUUUCGGAAAAUACAAGUGAUUCGACUCAGUUUAAUGAAACCGGACUCAUUUACAACUCAUCGUGUGGAAAUUAUACUCAAAAUCUAAAAUUAAAUAUCCAGUUACAUUACGCAUAUGCCAUUUCUGCGGUCAUUGCGCUAGUGACGUCCCUUCCGUUACUAUAUUUAUUUUAUAAGAAUUAUCACCGCACUGCCGUUAAAAAUUCUACCACUGACUACUCUAAAGUUCAGGAACUACCAAUCCAUCAUUUUGCUGCAGCAAUUUGCAUUGUUAUGGCUACUUAUAUCUGUAUCAGUGGCAUCGAAGAUGCCUUUGCGUCUUUUCUGAUGACUUUUGUGGUCAAACAGCUCAACUGGUCGAAAACAACCGGAGCUCAACUGUCAGCAGUCUUUUUUGGUGCUUACUCCCUGGUCCGCGCUUCGUGUAUUUUCAUAGCUGAUUUAGUCGGUCCAAGGUUAUUUUUGUUGAGCUCUAUGACAGGAGUUGUUCUAUGCGGUGUAGGAAUAACUCUCUGUUCUGUUUACCAUUCUUCUAUUGGAGUGUGGAUAUUCAUAGGACUAAGUGGGGCUUUUAUAGGAAUUAUUUUUCCAAUCGGAAUCUCAUGGAUAAAUAAAACUGUUGUGUCGGUCACUGGACGUGUGUCAUCCUUUGUUGUGGUUGGCUCAGCCAUCGGGAAGCUGUGCAAUCCCAUUAUUCUGGGAUAUUUUAUGGAAGAGUUUUCACCUCUGUCGUUCUGUUAUAUCAUUAUAUUUGAAGCGUCGUUUUGUAUUUUGGUGUGUUUGAUAUCAACUGUGUAUAGCCAGAAGGUUUUAUCUAAAAUCAGAAAACGGACAAUAGAUAUACAAAUUACUGUCGAUCAGAAAAGUGAUGAAUAUACAAUGGAAUCUAAUCAUGAAGAACAAGGUUAA